GCCACUUCCCGAUCCUUCGAACCACUCCGGAAUGGUUCUCGGACUGGCGGAAAUGAUCAAUCUACUGGCGCCGGAAACGUUGGCAGUUUUGGUGCUAAACGAAACCAAAAUCGACAAAAUAGAUCGGCUCACCGUUAUGAUCCACCAUCACCACAUUCCGACGUGUAUCUUCAUCAACGAUUCAGAGAACUACUAUCGCUAUAUUGCCGACAAUUUGAAGAAAUCGGUAGCCACCACCAGUCUACUGUUUUGUCAUCCAGGUGAAAUGCUGCAGGACAUUGCAGACCGCCGGUUAGCUCACCGGCUGAGUUUGUACAUAUUUUUCUGGGGCGCAAAGAAAGUUCCAACCGAUCUAGAUCGAUCGCUUCUGAAAGAACCUCUGCGAGUAGCGGUCAUAACUAAUCCGAAACAGAACAUCUUUAGAAUCUUCUACAACCAGGCCAAGCCAAAUAACCAUGAGCUGCUGAGUGCAAACUGGUUCGAUGUGAAUGACAUGACUUUCAAAACGGUACCGUUGCUUCCGACUCCCACCGAGGUGUACAAGAACUUUGAAGGGCGCGUGUUUACUAUACCGGUUAUUCAUAAACCGCCGUGGCAUUUCGUCAGUCAAAAUGAAAUGAAUGAAUCGUGCAAUGGAACAGAAUACGAGUUCGAUUUGCGGGAGAACUGUACCAACGUUGUAGAGGAGAUUAGCUUCAAAGUGACCGGUGGCAGAGACCAUAAUUUGAUGCAACUGAUUGCCGAUAGGAUGAACUUCAGCUUCAAAUACGUCGAGCAGGAAGAUAACAUACAAGGAACGGUAAUGGGUAGUGAGGGAAACGCUACUUUUAGUGGUGCUCUGGGGAUGUUACAGCGCAGGGAAGUUGAUCUGUACCUGGGCGAUGUCGCUGUAACGUGGGAACGAAUGCAGGCUGUUGAGUUUUCGUUUUUUACAUUGGCAGAUUCGGCCGUAUUUACUACGCAUGCUCCGCGGAAGCUCAGCGAAGCGUUGGCUUUGGUUAGACCUUUUCAAAUCACGGUGUGGCCGCUGGUACUGAUUACCAUAAUGAUAUCGGGACCUAUUUUAUAUAUGAUCAUUGCACUGCCGUAUCGGCUUGAGCAGUGGACCAGCGGCUGGUUUGCAAAAAUGACACGUUUGAAAGUUUGUCGCGAGACGUCCUUCUACCAUAUGCAAUACAUCCAGGAGAUGAACUAUCGUGUGCCGCAGCGGACUGAGAUUGCGGGGACCCCACAAUAUCCCAGCUUGGAUCGAUGUGUUUGGUACACCAUCAACGUCUAUUUAAGGCAAUCUGCUGUUAUUCCAUACAACGGCCACGUGGCUCGCUUUUUUUCGAUACUUUUGUGGUUAUGUGCAACGUAUGUUUUGGGAGAUGUGUAUUCUGCUCAGCUUACAUCGCAACUUGCAAGGCCGGCUUGCGAGGCUCCUAUUGAUACAUUAGGAAAGCUAGAAGUGCUGAUGUAGCGUAACGGGUACCAGUUGCUGGUGGAACGGGAAAGUGCAUUUCAAGCCGUUCUAGUCAACAGUAGCGGAAUUUUACAACGCCUAUAUCGCCUCACGCAACGGCAUCCUUGUAACGAGUCGUACUUGGUGUCCUCGGUGGAAGAGGGAAUACGCAUACUGCUCGUCAACUCAAAACGAGCAGUGUUCGGAGGACGUGAAACGUUGUAUUUCAACACCAAACGCUACGGUGCGCAUCGAUUUCAGUUGAGCGAAAAAUUAUACACGCGUUAUUCGGCAGUCGCAGUCCAGUACGGGUCCCCAUUUCUAGACAGCUUGAAUGAAGUAAUCAUGCGCCUUUUCGAGGCAGGAAUUAUCGAAAAAAUAACUAUUGCUGAAUACGAACGAAUGUUUGGCAGUCAAACUGGACAGUUUGCGGACGAGUCGGCCAAAACUACAAGGUCAGAAAGCCUGGAAGCUGAAGGUGGUAAGUCGAAAAAAGCAGUUGAAAGUAACGAAAAGCUGCAACCGAUGAACUUACGGAUGCUACAGGGAGCGUUUCUGGCAUUGGCCUUUGGGCACUCCCUUGGAGCAAUAAUUCUCAUAUUGGAAAAUAAAACGGUAUAUUUGGGCCGGGUGUACGAGCGCUUUAGGAGCAGAGACGAGCGAUCAGGCCUCAUGAGAUCAAUGAAUUGCAAAGCAGUGAGAUUGUUUCGUCGUUUUUGGCGAAAACUCCUUGAAGCAAUUCGCAACAUUUCACCGUAAAUCUUUCAUCGCGCGCGGGUUUGGGAAAUAUUUCAUUCAGAUAAAAUCGUCGAUAAAGUAGAAUAAAUUGGUAGCAAGCUUUAGGGUAAUUGCACGUUAGAUCUUUAGGAUUUUUAGGGUAAUUGCACAACCAGAGAAGCUAGAGUUCUUCAGACAUAUCAAUAUAACGUGUAUUAUAGCCUAUUACCCAUUUGUAAAAUCUGUCUGACCGUACGAAAGUCUUCUUUCUUCCUCAAAAUUGUAUUACUGUGGUCAACGAGAACAAUACUCUUUGAACUAUUGCUUUCGUGAUAGACAUAUAGUGCGUAUCAAGGUAUCAAUGAAAAAAAAGAUAAAAGUGUUUUAUAAUAUAGAAACUCAGUAUAAUACAGAAUUGUCUGUAUUUUUGACAUGCACAACACUUCACCACAUUGUUUACAAACAAAGGCGCGUAGCUGACUGGACUCUUCUGCUUUCUCGCACUGCACUAACCGCAGCCCAUA